UUGUAUCAUUUUUUCGAAUUUUUUUGAAGAUACGCCGAAGUUCUUCUGUAAAAUGGUAUAAAUUGAAAAUUUAAAAAUAUUGUAUAAUUACUUCUUCAUAUUCCUGUACAUACGAACUUGACGUAGUAAUAUUAUUCAUUACUCAAGCACUGUCAUAAUUUUCCAACUGCAAAAUGGUCGAGGAAGUACAUCGACAUACCGUACACACAUUAGUGUUCAGAUCUCUGAAAAGAACUCACGAUAUGUUCGUUGCUAAUCGAAAGCUACUUCCACCGUUGGAUGAAGAAGCAGAAAAGAUCAAGAUGAAAAUCAAAGCGAAAGACCAAUACGGUGACAUCGUAGCUAAAGUAGACUAUAAUAAAUUAUCUAGGAAGAAUGAAAUUGAAUCUAAAACUAGAGAUGACGAUAUUCAUUCUGAUUUGGAAUCAGAUAGUUCGAACGCUCUAGUACCAGUGCCCGAAGAAUCAUUUACUCCUAGCACAGCUGUCGUACCUGUUCAGCAGAGAAAAGCUCUAUCGUUACCUAAACCCAAGUGGCAUCCUCCCUGGAAACUAUACAGAGUUAUUUCUGGCCAUUUGGGUUGGGUCAGAUGUGUCGCAGUCGAACCUGGAAACGAAUGGUUUGCCACCGGCUCUGCCGAUCGUGUUAUUAAAGUAUGGGAAAUGAGCACCGGUAAACUAAAAGUUUCUCUGACUGGUCACGUUAGUAGUGUUAGAGGACUCGCGAUUAGUAAACGACAUCCAUACUUAUUCAGUUGCGGUGAAGAUAAACAAGUCAAGUGUUGGGAUUUAGAAUACAAUAAAGUAAUUCGACAUUAUCAUGGUCAUUUAAGCGCAGUAUAUUCUUUAGCAUUGCAUCCAUCUUUGGAUAUAUUAUUAACAGCCGGAAGAGAUGCUACGGCUCGUGUUUGGGAUAUGCGAACUAAAGCCAAUGUCCAUACUUUAACUGGACAUACAUAUACUGUAGCUAGUGUUAUAGCGCAAGAUUGCGAACCUCAAGUCAUCACCGGUUCGCACGAUUGUACUAUUAGAUUAUGGGAUUUAGCUGCUGGAAGAUCAAUAACGACGCUGACUCAUCACAAGAAAAGUGUUCGAUCUGUGAUAUUUCAUCCUACUUUGUACAUGUUUGCUAGCGCUAGUUCGGAUAAUAUCAAGCAAUGGAGAUGCCCUGAAGGAAAAUUCGUUCAAAAUUUGUUCGGUCAUAACGCUAUUAUUAAUUGUUUAGCCAUUAACGGAGACGGAGUCAUGGUUUCGGGAGGUGACAACGGUACAAUUCACUGUUGGGAUUGGAGAACAGGAUAUAACUUCCAGAGAUUACAAGCGCCUGUUCAACCUGGAUCUAUGGAUUCUGAAUCAGGUAUAUCAGCUAUGUGCUUUGACCAAAGUGGCACCAGAUUGAUUACAGCUGAAGCUGAUAAAACUAUCAAAGUGUAUCGAGAGGAUGAAACCGCGACCGAAGAAAGUCAUCCCAUUGUAUGGAGACCGGAUUUAUUGAACUCCAGCCGAAGAUAUUAGAAAAAUUACCGGUGUAACAUCAGAGUAUGAUUAAUGAAGAAUCGGCUGAGUCGAAGGUAAAAAAUUGUAUUGAAGAUCCGUGUUGAUUAUUAAAUUGAUAUUUAUUCUUGGAGCAUUUCUUAAGAAUUUUUGACGAACGAUAAAAUGUUCCAUUAAUAAUGGACAUGAUCAUUUUACUCAUGUAAUCACAUGAACAAUGUGAAUAUUUAUUAUAAAUUACAUUUUACUACUACAAAUGGAGACAGAAAUUGAGAAAAAUACCAAUAAAUGUGUUUUGUAUUCAUCUUUGUA